AUGUCCAUGGAAUCAGUGGCCAACGCCGCCUACAUGACGUACUUCCUCGCAGCGAAAGCCGUCCCCGUCGUCGCCACGUGCGCGUCCGUCUUAUUCGCCCUCGCGCCCUGGCCCACGGUCGCAGCUAUCCGUCGAGCACGGAGCACUUUGCAGUUCCCGUUUGCUCCUUUUUUCUUCUACUUUGUACAGAGCAUCAUCUACACGUUGUAUGGCUGGACAACCGCUAAUCUCGUCGUGGGUGGCACGUCGCUUUUGGGCGUGCUGCUGGGCGCCUACUACGUGCUGAUCUAUUACAAGUACACGCCCAAUCGGACGCAGCCGACGAGACUGCUAUCCUCAGCUAUGCUGGUGAUCCUAUUGAUGGUCUACCAGGUCUUUACCCGUUCGCCAGAGGAGACGCAGCUGAUUACGGGCAUUCCAGCCAACAUCUUGUCCGUGUUUACCGCUGCUUCGCCGUUGCUGCAACUCAAGAGCAUCUUGCGACGUAAAGACGCGUCCUGCUUACCACUGGGCAUGUCUGCCAUGAAUGUCGUGGGUGGCUCGCUGUGGUUCAUUUACGGCAUCAUGUUGGGCGAUCCGCUUGUCAUGUGUCCGAACUUGUUUUCGCUCACGAUGGGGAUCAUCCAAGUGUCGCUCAUUUGUCUCUAUCCGGGAGGGAAGAUCAACAGUGCUGAAGAGAUCAAGGCAGAAGCGAUAAAGCCGGGUAAGAAGGUCAGUCCACGCAACAAGACGAAAGUCCACCGCGAUGUGAAGAACGAGAGGCAGCUGCAAUAUCUUCGCGUCAUCAUCUGUGGCACCGAAAUUCUAUACCGCGAUCAAGUUGUGUGCAGCUAUCGCUUCUUCUACGAGCACUCGACGAUUUCUUACCUUUGGUCGCUUACAAAGAGCCGUUACCAUGAGCAUGAACUUGCUGAGUACCUCGCGACCGUCGAGGUUGUUUGA